GCAAUCGUCUGAUCAGAUGUAAGCAAAAAAGAGAGAAAAAGGACACUGUGAGUUGAUAUAUCAAUGAAGUGCUAUAGAAGUGUUAUAAAGCGACAUCGUUAUAAAAACUGUCAGUAUUAAGUUAAUACGAAAAUUGUAUUAAAUUUAUUCAUUUCAAAUUCCUUCAAACUACAACAAACCGGACAAUGUUUAUUUGCUUUACCAAAGGAUUAUAAAAUGAACACAAUACACGUGGUUAAAUAUUACUGUUCAUAGCUUUAGAAUUUAUAGCGGAAAGUAUUGAAAACGUGUAAAAGCAAGCCAUUUCAAAAAUGUCUGGAGUUCAAUGUAAUAAAUGUGGUUCCACAAACAUCGAUACAGACUCCCCUUGUGGUAAUGUUGUAUGCAUUGCUUGUGGUAACGUUUUGGAUGAAUCUAAUAUUGUACAGGAAGUCCAGUUUGUACAAGACUCCCGUGGUGUAUCUCGUGCUGUAGGGCAACUUGUUAGCUUUGAAGAUGGAAUGUCCUAUGGUCUUGGCCAUGGUUUUGGAUCUGGAAGAGAAUCCAGAGCAAUAACAAUACAAAAUGCUAGAAGAAAUAUAGAGAAUUUGGCAUCUAGGUUGCAGUUAAAACCUCCUGCUGUAGAAAAUGCCUUGAAUUAUUAUAAACUUGCACUGUCUAAGCAUUUAACCAAAGGACGUAAAAAUGCUCAUGUAAUUGCUGCUUGUGUAUAUAUGGUAUGCCGAAGAGAUGGAACAUCUCAUAUGCUACUGGAUUUGAGUGAUGUUCUGAAGAUUAAUGUAUAUGAAUUGGGAAAGACUUACCUUAAGUUAUCUACUGAGCUUCAUAUCAACACUCCAGCUAUUGAUCCAGUUCUUUAUAUUGCAAGAUUUGCACGUCAACUCCAGUUUGGAGAUAAAGAAAAUGAAGUUGCUGUAACUGCUACCAAAUUGGUACGAAGAAUGAAAUCAGAUUGGAUACAUUUUGGAAGGCGGCCAUCUGGACUUUGUGGUGCAGCUUUGCUUGUUGCUGCAAGAUUACAUAACUUUAACAGAACUAUUGAUGAUAUUAUCAAGGUAGUAAAAGUAUGUCAAGCAACUGUGCGGAAAAGAUUGACAGAAUUUGGUGAUACCCCUUCUGGAAAACUUUCCAUAGAAGAUUUUAUGACAGUUGACUUAUCUGAAGAACAAGAUCCGCCUUCUUUUAAAAAUGCCCGUAGGAAACUAAGAGAGUUAGAAGAUGAGGGGAAGUUAAAAGAAUUAGAAAACCAGGUUACAGAAUUUCAGAAAGUGAUUGAAAAAAUUCUUGAAAAUACAAGAAAAAGAUCUAUUUAUGCUAAAUAUGCAGAGUUAGAUAAUACUGAUGAUUUAAGUCAAGCAUCCACUUCUUCGACAAGAAAUGUAGAUAUGCUUAUUGCUGAGAAUACAUUAGAUUCUAUAAAGGAUGUCAUAGGUCAAGAUGAAUCUGAAGUAAAUAACCUUGUUCCUCUCUUAGCACAGGAAGGUCAAUUCAUAACAGACUGUGUAACAGUUACAGAUGAUGAAUAUAAUGGGAAAGGAUUAACCCCAACUUUAGAAUGCAUAGGUUUGGGUAGUAAGAAUACAGAAAAUAAACAGGCUGCAUCAACUCCAGAUGCUGAUGCAGAUCAUAAUCUUGAUUUAACUGGGAUCGAUGAUAGUGAAUUGGAUAGAUACUUCAUGAAACCAUCUGAAUAUAUGAAGAAAGAUGAAGUUUGGCAUAAAUUUAAUGCAGAUUAUCUUGAGGAAUUAAGAGAACGAGAAGAGCGAAAAGCAUUAGAAGAAGAAGAGAAUGCUAAGAAGCCACCAAAAAAGAAAAGAACUGUGAAAAAACGAGAUCCUAUUCAAGCUAAUUCUGCAGGAGAGGCUAUGUCCAAAGUGUUUCAACAAAAAAGAAUUUCCCACAAACUUAAUUACGAUAUUCUAAAGUCCCUCACUCCUGGUAAUUGUUUGGACGAUCUUGUUGAACCUGAACCAGAAACUGACCCUAAAACUGAGAGCAACCCCCCAUCAGUGAAGAGUGUACGAGUUCGACCGAAAGUAAAACCUGCGCUUUCAUCUGUUCAUCUGAACAUAAAGAAAGGGAUGUCAGAUAUAAUUGGCAAUAGCAGGCGGAAGACUAUGUCAAUUCUUUCUGACAGCCCAAGUACUUCAGAGGACCCUCCAGCAAAGAAAGCAAAAAUUUCUGAAACUGCUGUACUUGGAGGAAAUGCAGAAAAGGAUGCUUUUGACAUUGAUAAUCUCAUCACCAAAAAUCAUGUUCCAGUUACAGUGGAAGAGGAUGAAGUGGAAGAGGAGGAUUUGGAAGAAGAAUAUGGGUUUUCUGACGAUGAUGGGCCUGUUGAAUACGAUUAUGAUAAAUUCAUUGAAGACCAAAUGUGUUAUGACUGAAGAUAAAAAUGCAAUUCUGUUUAAGAGAAAUAUAUUUUUUUAUGUACAAUUUAAUUUUGUAUAGCAAAGAAAGACAAGGUUGAAUAUUUUUUCAUAAUUUGUAUUAUAUUGUACAUAUGAAUGCUUUAUAUAUAUACAUGCAUGUGUUCCAUAUGUAUAUUUGUUAUAGGAAUUUAUAUUGUUACUCAAAAUACUUUUUAAAUUUCUUUGUGUAAAUAUAAUUAAACUGUUUACAUUGAAAACAUUCAAAACAAUAAUGUGCUGUUCUAAAGCCUUUUUUUUUUUUUUGUCAUAAAUAAUUGUGCAGAUUGCUAGAAGUUAAUUUAAGCGUUCUUUAAAAUUAUUUGUACUUCAUUAGGUUAGGAAUCGGGGCUUCUCAGACAUUUUUCACUUGCUGCUUUGUUACUUUUUUUUUUUUUUUUUCGUAUUGCAGUUUCACGUAUGCAUGUAUUCAGAAAGUUUAAUUAAUUUGCAGUCUUAAAAAAGCAAUAAUUUACAAACAAAUCAAAAUAGCAGAAGCUAUUUGCAUACAUAGAAAGGAGUUUUGAAAGAAUUAAUGUUUUUGGUUACAAAAACUUAUUGGUUGCAUAGUUCCUAAUUUUUCAACUAUCAUGAUUUCAAAUGAUUCAAUAAUCAAUAUGGCAAUGCAUUAUGUAGAAUAGAAAAAAAUUGCUAGAGUGACUUGCAAAUGUUGAGUUAUCAUCCUUCAUUCAAGAACUUAGCUAUAAGAACAAGAAACCAAAUUUUUAUGCUACAUAAACAUUUGUUAUGUAUGUGCUGUCAUGCCAUCAAAAAUGAUGCCUAAUACAGCAAAAAAAGGGCAGUUCCCCCUUCUUUGUAAAUUAAUACUUUACUCGUUUUCUGAACAUCGUACUCUAAGCUGCUGCUGAAAUACCUGGUUCUUUAAAUUUUGAAUUGUGCAGACAAUAACUUUUAACAUCAUGAGAAAAAAAAAACAUUCAACUUUCUGUAUUAACUAUAUUUUAUUAUUUUCAUCCUUUCGUGAAUUAUUGAUUUUUUGAAUCAUUCUGAAUGGCACUGUAUAUCUAACUAAAAUAAGUAAAUGCAAUAGUAAUUAAUAAUAAAUAAAAACAAAGUUUUGAAUAGCGUUUUAAAAAAAACAGUUUGUGGUUAAGUGUCAUUAGACUUCAAUUGUUACCUGAAAGCUUAUGCUCCUUUAGAAUUGCUUUAUAAGUAUUUGUUGCAAUUUACCUCUACUUUUACCAUUUAUUAUUAUAAAAAAAAUGAAUAUGUAAUCAUUACGUGCUGCUAUGAUCAUUUUUUGUGUGUGAAUUUUUUUAAAAGCAGAUGUAUAAGGGGAUUUUAGAAUAUGCAUAUAGAACUCAUUAUUGCUGACACAAAUAUAUUGUUAAAUUUUAUCUCUGAGUUAUUGAAUGGCGUGUAUUAAUGAUGGAUGUCAUCUGAAUUAUCUUAUCUCUCAUACUCACUUGACUAAAUGAGGAUAAAUAUUGUACAGUAAUUUAAAUAAUUUAUUUAAAGCAAUAUUUGAAUGUGUUAUAAAUCAUUUCAUUAAUAUUUAAAUGGUUAUUAUAGUAUGUAUUAAUUUUUUAAUGUACAGGUCAUUUUCUUUCUUUUGUUUUUGUCCGAACCUUUUUAUUUUUUUCAUCAUUUUGCAAUUUUCAACUUAUUAUUAGCAUGAAAUGACAAAAAAAUAAAAUCAAAAAGACUUUAAUUUAAACAGCUAAUUUUUUUAAAAAAAUAGUUUUGUUUAAUAACGUUUAGCUUAAUUGCUGAAUCUUUUGACAUUCUAAUUGAAAAAAUAAAAAUCUGUUUUAAAAAAAGCCACUCAUUUUUAAAAUAGGUAAGUAGAGUAAUCACUAAUAUUAUUCAAAUGAAGAGGAUUAUGUUGACUAAUUAUUUUGGUGGAUGCUUUGAAAUAUUAUGUCUGGUAUCGAUUUGUCAUAAAUAAAAUGCUCCAUUAAUUUCUCGCUGUUGUAAUCCAGGGUUACUUUGCUUCAGUUUUCAGGACUUGGAGAGAAAUUUCAAAUUUAGCACCAUGCAUUUCUCUAUUUAAAAAAAUCUGAUUUUGUUUUAUUGGAUGAUAAGUUAGAGAAACAUUUUGUAGCAAAAUUUGAAUAACUGAUUAAUUUAGUAAUAAAUUAUGGCAAAUUCUAGUGCAAAUUUACCUCAUAACUGGGGAUUCUUUCUCUUAGUUAUUCUUUAUUAACAAAAUCUCUGGUGGAAUUUUAUGGAUAUUUAAUGUCAGCUUAUAUGGAAACAUACUGAAAGAAUGUAUAAUCCCUUGUAAUAAUAAUAAUAAUUAGUUAUAUGAUAUUAUAUCCAGUUAAUUCUCAGUAGGGUUUAAAAACUUUUUUAUCCAAUUGCUGGAUUUGUUAGUAAUAAAUUUAUUUUUUUUACUGUGCCUUCAUUAAUAAGAUAGGCAUUCAUUAUCAUCUUAAGAUCUGCACUUUUGACAGGAAAAAAAAUGGCUUCCACCACAUUUGAGGGGGGGAAAGGAGGAAUAUCUUUCAUUAAGUUUCUCCUAUUUAAAGUUAUUCAUUUGAGGAUACCAAAAAUGAUUUCUGCGUCUUUAAAAAGUAUACUCAUUUUUGGAAAUGUCAUUAAGGUGAACUUAUAGGGUUUGUGGAAAAUAAUCCUUAUACUUACGAGUCCUAACUUUCUUUUAUACGUUCUGAGUGUAUUUGCAGUGAAUUUAAUCAUUGUUUUCCCUAUUAACAAUAAACAGGAUAAAAUUAAAUGUAAAUAAUAUCUGCUAUUAUUUUGCCAUGCAUCACUCUUUUCCAGUGCAGAGUUACCAACAUCAAAAAAAAAUUAUUACAAAUUAAUUAACGGCUGUAAUUAGCAUUCAAAGCAGUUGAAUACAAACUAGGUUCAUUAUCUUUCAUGCUAAAAUUUAUUAUUUUUCAGAAUUAUUGCUUUUUUUUUUUUUUUUUCUUUUUUUUUUACCAGAGACCGAUUUUCUAACAUUUAAAAUCCUCAUAUCAAAGCUGAUUCAAUGUUUACUUAACUUCUGAAAUUAUAACCUCUUGAAUUAUUGAUAUGUAAGGAAAUAGGCAUAUCAGAAUUGCUUAUAAGCAAAAAAAUGAAUAUUAAUAAUAAUGUUUAAAUCUUCUGAUAGCCAGCAUGGAAUGCAUGUUUUCAGAAUAAGUGGAAUUUCUAUGCAAAAUAGACCUGGAUUGCAAUAUAUCUUAGAGCUUAAUUUUUUUUGUGUGUGUUUUAUGAUUGUGGUAUAACAAAUAUAUAUUAUGUACUAAAUGUAUGCAACAAUUUGUUGAUUUUCAGGUAUGGUUUUAGCUGUGAUAUUUCUUUUUUGUCUUAAAGAUAUGUAAUAUAUAUAAUUUUUUCUCUGUUGUGCUUGUGUGUGGUCUACAGACUCUAAAAAAAUUCUAUAUAUCUUAAACAUUCUAUUUAUUUCAUGCACUUUUAAAAAUCGUUUCAUUAUUUCUUAUUCAUUUUUAUUCUAUCUUUCACCUUUUAUUUGAUUUGCUCAAAUUUCACUCUGUUAACUAAUGCUAUGUCUUGUGUCCCAAAAUUAGACCAGCAUUUAGUCUAUCAUUAUUUAUUUAUAUCAUUAUCAGAGAGAAGUAUUGUUGAUUUUCUAUUGUAACUGUCCUCAUGAUCAAUACUGUUGAAAUAACAAAUUAAUAAA